CCUGUAUUCAACGCAUCCCAGCCUGCUGGAGGCAACCCUCUGGAGGUCAAUGUCAACGCACAAUAUGCAGGUCUCGAGUUCAACUAUGUCUACCUCGCCAUCUGCGGUUUCCUCGUAUACUUGAUCAUUCCUGGCAUCGGUCUGCUUUAUGGCGGUCUGGCACACAAGAAGAGCGGUCUGUCAUUGCUCUUCCAGAGUAUGAUGGUUUGUGCCAUCGUUACCUUCCAAUGGAUGUUUUGGGGCUACUCGCUUGCCUUCUCUCGCACGGCCGGCCCCUUCAUCGGUAACAUGGCCAACUUUGGAUUGAAGAAUGUCGUUGCCGCACCAUCACCUGGCAGUGCUGUGCUGCCCGAAAUCGUCUUCUGCCUUUACGAGCUUAUGUUCGCCGCUUGCACGGUGCAGAUCGUCGUCGGUGGUGCAUUCGAGCGUGGUCGCAUCCUCCCAUCACUCAUCUUCGCUUUCUGGUGGUGCACUAUUGUCUACUGCCCCAUUGCCUGCUGGACAUGGAACCCCAAUGGCUGGCUUGCCAAGCUUCCUUCCCUUGAUUAUGCUGGCGGUGGUCCAGUACACAUCUCGAGUGGUUGGGCAGCUCUGGCUUACGCUAUGGUACUUGGUAAGCGUACAUCGAAGGACCACCACGCAAAGCACAAGCCUCACAACUCGACCUUGGUCUUUGUCGGUACGGUUCUCAUUAUCUUUGGUUGGUUCGGGUUCAACGGUGGUAGUGCACUCAAUGCCUCAGUCCGUGGUAUGAUGGCUGCUUUCAACACCCAGGUUGCCGCCUCUACUGGUGUCAUCGGUUGGGUCAUGGUCGAUGCCAUUCGCCACAAGGGACGCUUCUCUGUUGUCGGUGCUUGCGAGGGUGCGAUUGCUGGUCUCGUCGGCAUUACACCUGCUGCUGGUUUCGUCAACCCUUGGCUCGGAGCUGUCAUCGGAUUCGUUACUGCUGUUGUCUGUGCCCUCCUGCAAGACAUCAACGAGUGGCUUCGAAUUGACGAUGGACUUUACGUCUUCAAGCUUCACGGUAUCGGUGGUAUCAUGGGAUCCUUCAUGACUGGUCUCUUCGCCAACCAGUCCAUCUCUGCUCUCGACGGUGUUUCUCUCUAUCCUGGUGCUUACAACGGCAAUGGCAUUCAGGUUGCCAAGCAACUUGCAGAGAUUGCAGGCAUCUCUGCCUACUCGUUCAUCGUCAGCUACAUCCUGCUCAUGAUCAUCAAGUACAUCCCCGGCAUGCACCUGCGUGUUGACAAGGAGGCUGAGAUUAGAGGUCUCGAUCUCGACCAGUUCUUUGACGAAGAGAUGGACCACUGGGACCUCAGCCCUGCUGGCAUCGAUGUCAUGCAGUCAGGUCCUACCAGCUUCACACACGGUGUUCCCCAGACUCUUGAAGGAACAAUGACUCCCAACGAGACUACUACUGUUUCUGCGGAGAAGAAGUAG